UUCGUCCAGUAACAGCCCCGUUCCUGAUGACGAAAUCAACGCCUCACUAAUUAAUUAUGGCAGCGAGACAGAGUCUGACGAAGAGGAAGUAGGGAUUGGUCAGUCGUUAGUGGUGCCCCGGGUGGUUAGGAUGUUGAUGGACGAAGAUGAGGAAGAUGAAGAAAAUGGCCUCAACGUUUCUUUGGAGUGGCCUCCUCAAUCAUCCAUUUGUACCUCAAAGCCCGCCUCACCGAUGCUUCCUACACCGACGCCUGUUUCACCAACUCCCAUGGAGCCUAGUAACAAAUUUAAAUUUGUAUGGAGAGCGGUUUCAAUGCCUCAAAUUGAACCUCAUUUGAGGCGAGAACCAUUCUCGCAAAUUAAUAGUGGCCCUACGGUUUCUUUUGCAAGUCCCUAUGAAGCAUUUAUUGCCAUAUGGGAUCGUGAAAUUAUGGAAGUUAUUGUGAGGGAAACCAACAUUUACGCACAGAAGCUUGCAAUGGCCAUGUUGGAGAAUGGGACCAUCUAUCCUAAUAGCCGGAUUACGCAUUGGCAAGAUACGAAUGUAAACGAACUUUACACGUAUUUUGCCAUUGUUCUGGCUAUGGGUAAGGUGGUCAAAAACCGCUUAGAGGAGUACUGGUCCACCUCUCAAGACAUAUUUAGUACUCCCUGCUUCUCCACGGAGAUGACACAUGACCGUUUCCUGCUUCUGUCGAAAUGCCUACAUUUUAAUAGUAAUAAUAAUUGUGACCCUGCAUUGUUGACACAACACCAGAUUAAACUUUUAAAAAUAAAACCAUUAAUAGACCACCUUAAUAAUAAAUUUUCAGAACUAUAUAAUUUAUCUCAAAAUCUGGUUAUUGAUGAGAGCUUGACAACGUGGAAGGGCUGGCUUGAUAUAAACCAGUCAUUCCCUAAUGAGGCAGCGACAGCUGAGAUCAAAGCUUAUGAAUUGUGUGAAUCACAAAGUGGUUACUUGUGGCGGUUUGAAUUACACGCAGGCCUUGACACCUCGACACCACAAGAUAAUCCAAUUUCUGGGACAGUACCAGCUCUCGUGCUCAGACUUUUAGAUGGUCUUGAGCACAAAGGGCAUACAAUAUGGAUGGACAGUUUCUUCAACUCUCCAGCACUAGCACGAGAACUGAAGGUCCGGGGAUUUGACUGUGUGGGUACGCUGCGAACAAACCGUCAAUUUGUGCCAUACGAUUUGACGCGUCUUACAAUAAAGGAUAUGACAGUCGGCCAAGUAUUGGGAUGCACCUCGGGAGAUGUGGAUCUUAUGGUCUGGAGGGAUAGAAAACGGGCGGCGUUUAUUUCCACAUAUCAUGGCUUGGCAUCUACCAGGUUCAGGGAAAAACUGAAGCCGACUGUCGUGCAUGACUAUAGUCUCUGUAUGGACAGAUUAGAUCGCAGGGACCGGCUGCUCGCAACGUUCCCCAUAGAAAGACGGACUAAAGCUUGGAGCAAGAAAUUUUUUAGAAGGCUCUUGAACAUUAGUGUCCUGAACUCGUACAUCUUACUCCAGAAUCAGUCGUUGCUACACCGGAAUUUCCGGAAUGCGUUGGUAACUGAUUUGUUGACAGCACACAGAACACCUAAACCUAACACAGCAACAAUCGCAACACAAGUACAUUACCCGGCGCAGUACCCUUUGAUCAAGCGCGGAAAGUCAGACCGCCUUAGGCGCCAAUGCGCCGUGUGCCCGAAACGGACUGUCUCGUACUGUAAAGCUUGCAAUGUGGCAAUGUGUACUUACACAUGUUACGAGACAUAUCACACUUCACACUGACACUUACCGAUCAUUGCCACGCACG